CUCUCCGCUGCGCCAGUCCGCCUCACUGACUCGCAGAACCAGUUGGUUUGGCCCAAGCUCCUUCUUUCCUGCCUUCUCGCUGUGUGUGUGUAUGUGUGUGUGUGUGUGUGUAUGUGUGUGUGUGUACUGCUGCUGUUGUUGUUGCCUGGUGUCAACCUACGCCGACGAGAGAAGAAGACAUAUCCCUCCCUCUCCUCUGUUAGAGGGCCGCUUCCAAUUUGCCUUCACUUUCCUCCUCGCCGGCACCAUUGGCUUCCGCGCCGUGCCAGUCAACUCGCCUCCUUUCCCAGCCCGAGUUGAGCAGCAACAGCUCGGAAACAUCUGGCCGCCGCAGAGUGCUAGACUCCCCGUCCCUCCCGCCUGCCUGGUCGCCUCGGCAGCCUGUUAUGGAAAUUAGUCCAAAGUCAAUCUAGUUUUGUCACCGAAGGAAAAAAAAAGAAGAAGAGAGGAGGAUUUGACGGAGGAAGCAGGGAAGACGUUGGACCUUGUUGUCUGUUAUGAGGACGGCAGGAUGGAGUUCCCAGACCACAGCAGACAUUUACUCCAGUGUCUGAGCGAGCAGCGGCACCAGGGCUUCCUGUGUGACUCCACGGUGCUGGUGGGCGAUGCCCAGUUCCGUGCUCACCGUGCUGUGUUGGCCUCCUGCAGCAUGUACUUUCACCUCUUCUACAAGGACCAGCUGGACAAGAGAGAUGUGGUGCACCUCAACAGCGACAUCGUCACAGCCCCGGCGUUUUCCCUGCUCCUGGAGUUCAUGUAUGAGGGCAAGCUGCAGUUCCAGGAUCUUCCCGUAGAGGAUGUGCUGGCAGCGGCCAGCUACUUGCACAUGUAUGACAUUGUCAAGGUGUGUAAGAAACGUUUGAAGCAGAAGGCCACAGCGGAGGCAGAUAGCACGCGCAGAGAGGAUGAUGGUGGAUCCAGCUGUUCCGAUAAGGCCGAUAGUCUGUCAGACGGUUCUACAGGCCGGCCUGCUACUGCUGACCUGCUGCACAGUGAUGAAGAGGAGGAGGGCAAGGCAGAGGGAGGACCACUGUGGCUGAGGCUGCCGUCCGCUGACAGACCAGGGACACCAGCCAUUGCUACAACCAGCCCAGGCCACAGCGAGGCGGAGACGCAGGGUGGGGAAGGGCUGGGGGAGGGAGGGAAGCUCCUCUCUCCGGCCGGCAGCCCCACCAGCUCCACUGGAUCUCACUCCCAGAGGUCCCACCGCUCUGUGAGCUCUCGUGGAGGGCACAGGGGCAGGAGGGUAUCAAAUGAUGCGGCUGACUGUGUCCUGGACCUGUCAGUCAAGCCGAUUGCCGGUAGCAACCACAGUAACCAUCACCAGUCCUAUUUCAGCGGAGCAGCUACACCAGACAGCCUCCAAAGUCCAUUGGCUGUGAGGGUGAAGGUGGAGAGGGGCGUGGCUUCAGAAGAGGAAGAGGAACUGGGCGGUGGGGACUACGAAAUGGAGCACAGCGGCAUUACCAAGGCAACGGUUCCCAGCACCAAUGGGGGCCUGACCCACCACGGGGUCGGAGGGCCGCUGUCGGCCCAGAGGAGGCUUGGCCUGGAAGCGCACCUGUCCGCUCUGCGAGAGGCCUCUCUGGCCUCAGAGCUGGAGCGGGACGAGAAGCCCUCGGCCACAGCAGAUGACGAGGACAUACUGGGCGGUGAAAAUGAGCGCGCCCAGGCCGAGGCAGCCAGCAUGGAUAACUCCCUGCUGCCCUACGUCUCCAACAUGCUGUCAGCUCAACACACCCAGAUCUUCAUGUGCCCGCUGUGUAACAAGGUUUUCCCCUCCCCGCACAUCCUCCAGCUUCACCUCAGCUCCCACUUCAGGGAGCAGGAGGGCAUCCGCUCCAAGCCCGCCGGAGACGUCAAUGUGCCCACCUGCACCAUCUGCAGCAAGACCUUCUCCUGCAUGUACACGCUGAAGCGCCACGAGCGGACACACUCCGGCGAGAAACCCUACACCUGCACCACCUGCGGCAAGAGCUUCCAGUACUCACACAACCUCAGCCGUCACGCAGUGGUGCACACGCGUGAGAAGCCGCAUGCUUGUAAGUGGUGCGAACGGCGCUUCACGCAGUCUGGGGACCUCUACCGACACAUCCGCAAGUUCCAUUGCGAACUGGUCAACUCGCUGUCAGUGAAGAGUGAACCGCUGGCACUGCCCAAUGUCAGGGAUUGGGCGAUUGAGGACAGCUCCCAGGAACUGUGGAAGUAGAUACAGACUGCUGGGGUGGAUAAAGGGAAAGAGAGCGGAGAGUUAAAGAAGGGCAGAGAGGCGUGGGGAGGUGAUAGGCAGGUGGCAAAGUUUGUUAUUCGGGGUUUAAGUGAGUCAUGUUCUUGUAUGUCGCAAAAUCUCAUUCAAUUGCACUUUAAUAGCACAUGAAAAUGUUA